ACAGACCUUGUAAUAAAAUGACCUACUUUAAUGCAUUUUAUACAUUAUUGUAAUGGAAGAAACAUCUUGCUACACUUUUGUAUUACGAGUCAUGUCUGUAGCUUGAAAGAUUACGACAUAUGCUAUUGAUAAUGAUAUGCACUACUGCAAAUUACUUAAUAAGUACCCGCGUUCUCCAUAUCUUAGAUAGUAUCGAUAUUUCAGUUAUCCAUUCGUUUGCCAUUCCUUCGUAACCAUCUAUCAAAGAGUUUCGAGUAUAUAUUUUAUAGAAGAAUUUAGAAAUGCGUAUCCUACAAAUUGUAACAGCAUGGCUCAUUCUCAUCGUAAUACCGCACUGUGGCAUCCAUGCUUUUGGAUACAGUAAGAGAGAUCAACACUUGUGGCCGAAGAAGUGCAAAUCAUGCGCAGGAAAACGACAAUCACCAGUGGCUAUAUGUACAUCAAAGGCGAUCGUUAAACCAUUUCCGGCUCUCGAACUGAUUGGUUAUCAUGAUUUUCUUCCAAUGCCGCAAUUAUUAAAAAAUAAUGAAAAAACUGUUAUACUUAGUAUAGACAAAAAUGCGACACAAGUAUAUAGAACAUUGCCAUAUAUAUUCGGAGGCAUGCUGCAAAAUCAAACAUUUGAAAUGGAAGAAGUGCACUUUCAUUGGGGCUUAAAAAAUAAUAGAGGUGCCGAACAUGUACUAAACGGUAUAAGAUAUUCAAUGGAAACGCAUAUUAUACAUUACAAUAUGGCAUAUGGCAAUUUUUUGAAUGCGUUACAACACGAGGAUGGUAUAGCUGUAAUAGCUUCUUUCUUCCAGUUGCAAGACGAAGACAACGAGCGUCUUCAACCUUUUAUAAGCAAGUUAUCUGAUGUGCAAUGGGCACAUACAGAGUUGUCGGUCACUAUGUAUCUCACUCUAGCAUCUCUAAUACCGUCAAACACCGAUGUCUUUUAUACAUACAAAGGAUCUCUCACAACUCCGCCUUGUAGUGAAGUAGUCACCUGGAACAUUUUCGCCAAUCCAAUUCCAAUAUCCUUUCGUCAGAUAAACAUGUUCCGGAGACUCUCAAACGGCGAGGGAAUUUUGGGUGAUAAUUUUAGACUAUUACAAGAUAUCGGUCAACGUAAAAUAUAUACUAGAAGAUUAGACUCAACAGUCUCAACAAAAGAUAUCAAACAUGGUUUUACAAAUUUAAGUUGGUUCUGGGUGUAAUACAAUAAUUGAAAAUCGAUAAUUUCUGUUUUUA